AUGGCGAAUUUACUAGCAACAAUGCGAGCUGCUUCUUUGAUCCUGCUCGUUGUCUCGGCGCAUGCGAGCGGUCUUCAACGGAUAACAUUGUCUCCUGGCAGAAAGGCCGCGGAGGAGAGGAUUGAUAGCCAGUCCUUGUUUCGCAAAUUAGGGUUUCGCAACGUGAAGCCAAGCGAGAGAAGGGCAUUGAUGGACCCGGAAAGGACUGUGCCGGAAGGACCCGACCAUCAACAUCACUAUGCACCUCCAACAUCUUCCUAGAAUGGAUCGAAGAUCCUCUAUUUCCAUAUCAUGUCUUUAAUGGUGUCUCAACAACUUCAGCUGUUAAUGUGCUGAA